AUGCCCAAUCUGGCACGAUUCCCCGAUGGCAUCAAGGGUCUUGCCGACAAGAUUCAAGACAUGGAUUUAAAGCUGGGCAUCUACAGUACUGCGGGGAAUGCAACGUGUGCAGGAUAUUCUCCUAGCCUGGGCUUCGAAGACGUUGACGCCACCGAUUUGCGGCUUGGGGUGUUGAUUGUCUCAAGUACACCAACUGCAAUGUGUCCAGAAAUUGGACCGGUCAAGAUCUAG